CUCCAGCGGGGGGGCAUCUGAAGACCGAGACCCCGGGGGCCGGAAUGGCCCGGCCCGUGAAGAAGAAGGAUGCAGAAGACUUCUCCAGUGCCAUCCUCACGAAGCUGACAGAGGAACUCGUGCAGAAGACCGCGACCGAGGAGUUCGCCAAUGAUGUGACGAUCCUCUUCUGUGGCUCUAAGAAGUCGGGGAAGACCUCCCUGGUCGAUCGCUUCAUCAACCCAACGAAGGACGAGAAGGACCAACCAAAGCCCACAGUGGCGCUGGACUACAAGUUCGCGCGCUACGCGACUGAGGGCACUUCCAAAGUGUUGGCCCAUAUCUACGACUUGGGUGGUGAUGAGGCCAACGAGAAUCUGAUUGGGAUCCCCAUCUCCACCUCCACUGUGGGCAAUAUUGUCUUGGCCAUCACGCUGCUCGGUUGGGAUCGAUGCGUUCAGAAAUGCAUUCAGACCCUUGAGAAGUGGCUACAACUGCUUCGUUCACAAGUCGAAAGGAGUCUUCAAGCUUUGGCGCAGGAGAAUCCCCAAUGUUUUUUGCAGCUGGACGCCCAACGAGCGCUGCGUGCGAAUUCAUAUGCAGAGCAUGCUGACCGGGGCAUCAUCAACAUGUUCCCCGCAGGGGCCCUGUGCUCCUUCCCAGGUGCCAAGUGGGACGUCCUCGCCAGCGACGUGGACCCUGAGAAGCGGAAGAACCUGUGCCGCGCGCCGCUUGGGCCGAGCAGGUCGGGAAAUCCAAAGGAGCCGAGAGGGGCCUGGGGCCGCUAGCAGGGGCCGAAAAGGCCUGACGUUGGAACAGAGUGGUUUGUGCAAUGUAGACUCGUGAUUAGUGUUCAGUCAUGUUCAAUGCCCCAUGUGAUUGGAGGUGUUGUGGAUUGUUAUGGUGUCCAAUCGGGGGGGUUGUGACAGUCGACAUUGCAAGUUUGCAGAUUCUUGAUGCAUUUAAGGUUACACAUUUUUGGCCCAUGAAAACUGGAGCAAAUCAUUCCACCGAAAGCUGCAAGUGCCAGAGGUUGAGCCUCAUUUGGACCAAUGCCCUUCGAUUCGGGCUGAAUUUCUGAGGAAUUCCCCAUCCACGACCCAGGAUGAAGCUGAUGGCCCUGGUGGAGCAGUGGCACUGACCCCUUUUGGUGUUUCAUAUUGUUCAGCUUCGCUGUAAUAGUCUAAGUCAUGGUCAUGUAGUUUGCAGUUGGACUUCUACUCAAAUAGACGUCGGUCAGCUGAACCGACGGCUUGGUACAGAUGGUGGGUGCCUCAAUUGAAGCAGCCUGUGCAGACACUUUGGCCAUUCAGAGAGAGAGAGAGAGAGAGAGACAUGUUUGGACUGGUAGGGGGAGUGCAUACCAUCAGCCGGGGCACUGGGAC